AUAAAUAAAUUUGCAAAAGAAAGUGACCAUGCAUGAGUGACCAUAGAUGAAUUUACAAAAGUGAGCACUAUAGAUCUUUUGCCAAAAGCAAAAGUGACCAUGCAUGAUUAGACUUGUCCUACACCUGGGUAAUUCAACGACCCAAGCAAGUCAAGUUAGGAACAACAUGAUAUCUCUUCCAACUUGUUUCUUUCUAUAUGUCUCUCUCUUGCGCUGGAUUAUUUCCAUCAGGGUUCUGGAGAAACUUCAACUCGAUCAGUCUUUCAUUUUAGAUCUCUAGAUCUUAAUAUUUCCUAAUCAAUAUCUUUCUUGAUUCUGAGGUAAUCCCUUCUACUUUGCUUUGAACACUUCGAUAUCAGCUUCAGUGUCCUGCACCGGCCCUCGUUGUGGCAGGGGUCGGUGGAAGAUCUUUCCUUUUUCUCCAAGUUUCAUCUUUUUGUUCAUUUUGCUGCCUUUACCCCUUGCUAUCUUGUCCCGAUUUACCUGUUCUUCAAACCUCACGGGCGUCCAUCUUCCUCGUCCAAUUUCAUUUUAGUCUGCAGUCAGUUUUCAACGCAAUUUGUUGCGAUCAUUCGAGAAGGUGCGUAGAGUUCUGGUGGUCACGCCGGCUCAGGUGUUUACAACAGCACCUCCUUCUCUUUGUCUGCCUUUGUUGGCAGUGUUGUUCGUGGUAAAUCCACAGGCUUUUUUCAAUUUCUGGCUGAGAUUGGCGCGAGGAUCGUGGCUGGAUGAUGAGAUUUUCCUCCAUUUAAUCUCUACGAUGCUGCUUGGUAUGAUUUUUGGUGUUUGCUGGGGAAAUCGAUUCGGAUUGAUUGGGAAAUACCAUUGCGGUGGUGGUAGAAGGAAUCUAGAAUUUUCUUUUGUUCUGUGUCUAGCUUUGGGCUCUUAGUUGGGUUCUUUUAGGUUAGCUUGGGUGGCCUCUGUUUGUUUUGUUUAUGUGUAUAUGGGCCUUUGGUUUGUAAAUUAAUGCUGGAAUAAAAAAUUUAGGAAAACUAAUGAAAAAGCUUGAAAACUUUGAGUUUUAAUAAUAAGGACAAAAUAAAGGGUAAAGUGAAUAGUAUUAAGUUUGACUUUUUAGUGUAAAAAUGUGAUUUUUCGUUAAAAUGAACAGUACCGUGGGCUUUUCGUUAAAACUUCCAUAAAAUUUUGUUCCUCUCCACGGAAAGGAUUUUACCAAAAAAAAAAAAAUCUUUUGCCAACAGAAUUUGUAUGUAUGAUUAGAAUUGUCCAACACCUGCGUAAGUCAACAACCCACACAAGUCAAGUUAGAACAACAUGAUCUCUCUUCCAACUUGUUUCUUUCUAUAUUUCUCUCUUGCGCUGGAUUAUUUUCGUCAGGGUUCUGGAAAAGCUUCAAGUUGAUCAGUCUUUCAUAUUCGAUCUCUCUAGAUCUUAAUACUUCCCAAUCAAUUUCUUUCUUGAUUCAGAGGUACUCUCACUGACUUAAUUACACUUGGAUAAAUAAUUACCAUAUAAUUAUAGUCUUCUCUUACAUUUCUUAUAAUAUUGUAUAGCGACUGUUAAUUUGUGCUGACUUUUUGGUCCCUCAGAAUGUUUAUGAAGCCCACCAAAAUAGAAAUUUUUUCUUUCUUUCUUUUUUUGUUGAUAGAAGUGAUUAUGUUGGGGAAGAAGAUUCGAAUUCAGUGACCUCGGGUGCGUUCAAGGGUAAAUGUUCUAAACUAACUGAGAUAUAUGUCAGUUGUAUAUAGGGGAUUUUGGCUUAAUUAUUAAAUAAUUUCAUAUUUUGUCAUAGUUAACGGACCCCUUAUGAAUAUACAUACAUGUGGGUAUGUUAUGAAAUAGGUCAGGUCUGGAAGGAUUUGCAGGUUUUGAAAUAUAUAUAUAUAUAUAUAUGGAUGGAUUCGCAGGUGAUGAAGUAUAAAUAGUGGGGUUUGCAGGUUAUUAGUAUGGCUUCUUCCUCUUCCUCUGCUGCUACUAUCUCAUCACCUCGAAGAAAGUAUGAUGUGUUUCUUAGUUUCAGAGGUGAGGACACUCGCAAGACUUUCACCAGCCACCUUCAUGCUGCCUUACUUCGAAAGAAACUUCAGACCUACAUAGAUUCCAAACUUGACAGUGGGGAUGAAAUCGGACCUGCCCUUCUAGAAGCUAUUGAGAAAUCAAAGCUUUCGGUGAUCAUUUUCUCAAAAAACUAUGCUUCUUCCACAUGGUGUCUGGAUGAACUCGUGCAUAUACUAGGAUGCAAGGAAAGGGAUGGACAGUUUGUUAUACCCAUUUUUUACGAUAUCAGUCCAUCGGAUGUACGAAAACAGCAGGAGAGUUAUGCAGUUGCAUUUGCCAAGCUUGAAGAACGUUUCAAGGACUGUAUGGACAAGGUGCUUCAGUGGAGGGAUGCUUUGGAGAAAGCUGCCAACCUAUCUGGUUAUGAUUCAAACAAAGCCGGGACAGAGGCCGAUUUGGUUGAAGAAGUUGUCCGUGAUAUAUUGAACAAAUUGAAUUGCAAAAACUCAGAUGAUUUAAAGGGCCUAGUUGAGAUUGAAACCAAAGUUGAGCAAAUUGAAUCGUUACUAUGCCUUGAUUCAUCGGAUGUUUGCGUUGUAGGUAUUUGGGGCAUGGCUGGUAUUGGCAAGACCACCCUUGCUGAUGUUGUAUAUCACCGACUCUCUUCCAAGUUUGAAGCUUGUUGCUUUCUUAAAAAUGUUAGAGAAAAUUCUGAAGAAAAAGACGGAAUAUAUAACUUACGAAAUAAACUUCUCCGUGAGAUUUUAGAUGAUGAUAUAAAUAUUAGCGCUCCAUCUAUGGGAUCAGAGCUUGCUAAAGGGAGGCUCCUUUGUACAAAGGUACUCAUUGUUCUUGACGAUGUGAGUGAUUCAAGGCAAUUAGAACUUCUAGUUGGAGGUGAUCUUCAGUUUGGUGUCGGAAGUACAAUCAUUAUCACUACUCGAGAUCGGAGCUUACUCAAUGAAAAGGUUAAUGAUGACAAAAUUUACGAGGUCAAGGGAUUGAAACAUGAUGGCGCUCUUCAGCUCUUUCAUUUGCAUGCUCUGAAAAAUAAGUCUCCUACGACAAUUAAAACAGAGUUUUCAAGAAAGGUGAUAGAUUAUAGUCAAGGCAUUCCAUUGGCUCUUAAAACUUUGGGUGCCUUAUUCCAUCGCUGCGAUACAGAAGAAGACUGGGAUGAAGAAUUGAACAGAUUGAAAAAUUUUCCUAGCGAAAAAAUUCAGAAUGUGUUGAGACUUAGUUAUGAUGGAUUAGAAGAAAAUGAGAAGGAAUGCUUUCUUGACAUUGCAUGCUUUCUGAAAGGGGCAGAUGUUUAUAUUGCAAGAGGAAUAUUAGAUAUUCGGGGUUUCUCCGUGACGGGAAUCCAAAUUCUUAUUGACAAGUCUCUCAUAUCAAUUUCAAAGAAGAAUUGCUUAGAGAUGCAUGAUUUGCUGCAAGACAUGGGCCGGACAAUUGUUCGUGAACAAUGCAGGGACGAGCCAGGAAAACGUAAUAGGUUGUGGGCUGCUGAUGAUGUCUAUCAAGUACUGGAGAAUGAUACGGGAACUUCAACAGUUCAAUGCAUAUCCUUUGACACGUCUAACAUUACACGGUUGGAAUUAUGUGGAUCACCCUUCAAGAAGAUGUCUAAUUUAAGAUUGCUGAUGAUUCAUGAUCCUCAUCUAAGAGUCAAGUACAACUAUGACUUUGAGGUUCAUCCAAAAUUUCUGAAAUACUUCGGUUUUUCUAUCAGUGAAAAGCCGUACAACAACAAUCUGGACCUUUCUCAAGGUCUUCAGUCUCUUCCCAAUUCUCUCAGGUACCUUUACUGGCAGGAAUACCCGUUGAAAUCUCUUCCUUCAAAUUUUUCUCCACAAAAUCUUGUUGUGCUUCGAUUGCCCUACAGCUUUGCUGGGGAAAAACUUUGGAGUAAAAACCAGAAUCUUGGGAACUUAAAAGUGAUUGAACUAAGUUUUUGCAAGCAUCUGACUGAAGUUCCAGAUCUCUCUCGCAGUAAAAAAAUUGAGCGUAUAGUGCUUUUUGGCUGUAUAAGAUUGGUUCGAAUUCCUUCUUAUUUUAAAGAUCUUGACAAGCUUAGGUGUCUGAAUCUGGGAUGGUGCACAAGUCUAAAAUUCUUACCAGAGCUCCCAGUGCAAUGUUGUCUUGAAGCAAGUGGCUGCACUUCACUGAAGACAGUUUCAAGUUCAAGAAAUUCACUCACACAAGCUUGGGAUAAAUAUGAAUUGUUUCGAGGGCGUUUUAACUUUGCUGAUUGCCGGAACUUGGAUGAAAAUGCAAGGACUAAUAUAAUGGCUAACACACAGUUAAGAAUUAUGCGAGUGGCAACUGGGCCAUUGAAAACUCAGCAACAUAAAGAAGAAGAAAUUGUCAUGGAAAUGACUUCAUUUAUCCCUACCUCUUGUCGGACUUCAGGUAGCACCGUCUCUGCUCGGACUUUAGUUAGCACUGUAUUUGCAGGAAAUAAAAUUCCAAAUUGGUUCUGCCAUCAAAAUGAAGGAUCUUCGAUAACUAUCAAGCUUCCUCGAUAUUGGUAUUGUACAGAUUUUUUGGGUUUUGCUUUAUCUGUUGUUGUCCGUAGCUAUAGUUGUUCUAACGCUCUGAUGUUUGGAUGCUCGUGCAAUUUUAAAACUAAUAGUGGUGAAAGCCAUAAAACCAUUUAUCCUUCCCAUUAUCCUUUUAAUAAAGAAGGGGGAAGGGUUACUUAUUCGAAAUUCGAUCACAUAUUUGUGUGGUAUAGUGCGCUUGCACUUGGAGAGGGAGCAAAUUUAAAUCGCUCCACUUCUUUUUACAAACUUGUUACUGAUGCCUGUUUUGAGUUCUACCCUGUGAUAAGUCGCUUUCUUGAAAAAGGGGCCGUUCGGAGAAUGGUGACAAAGUGUGGGAUAUGCCUGCUGUAUGCCCAAGAUGUUGAGACCAUCAAGUUAGGAGGAUCUACAAGUUGAAGUAGCUAAAAAAAAAAAAACGUAGAAAUGAAAAAUAAAGAAUUUGAGCUCUUCUUAUUGUUUGUAUUCUCAUCAUGAGCUGUUUGUGAGCCUUGUGGCCAAGGAAUUCCUUGUUUUAGUCUUUGUUGUUGCAACACUUUGGCUUUCCAAGUAAUUUUGAAAACUCUUGUGUUGGUUU